ACUUCAACGGUCUCAUUCUUCCUCUAAGCUACUCCUCUCCCUUUUUCUGAGGUGAAACAUAAGCGUCAGAAGAGGUGGUCAGUUUAAGGUACUUGGAAAUUCCUAGCCAUGAAGGAUUGGGCUCCCUCCAUCAUAGCUACAGCUUUGUUUGCAUUCCUGAGCCCUGGAGUAAUCUUGCAGCUGCCGGGGAGGGAUCGGCCGGUCGACUUCAUGAAUAUGAAGACCAGCUGGUUCUCCAUUCUGAUCCAUGCUCUCAUCUUUGGUUUGCUUCUCAUGUUGUUCCUUGUCAUUUUGCAAGCUCACCUCUAUGUCUGAUUAAGGUGGGGUGAUGCAUCUUAUAAUUCUAUGUUAAGCAGUCUCAAAGGAUUUUAUCCUUUCUUUUUUUUUCCCCUUUUUCUUUUCCUGCUUUUAUGAUGUUGUGUUAUCCUUUUCUUGGCAUGAAAUUUGUGUAAUCUUUAGUGAGGCUGAGUUACA